AUGACGUGGCUGCCUCUCCCUGUCUUGGCCCUUUUUGUACUCUGGCCCACCUGUGCCGAGGACGACUGGUGCAAUGGCAUUUGUGGAAGACGCCCGCUGGCCGCCAGCCACGGUGGGUCCGUGCGAAUCAUCGGAGGCACGGACGCUCUGCCGGGGACGUGGCCCUGGAUGGUCAGCAUCCAGAUCCCAACGCGUGACGGCUACACGCAUUCCUGCGGAGGCUCUCUGAUCAGCUCUCGCUGGGUGCUCACAGCAGCCCACUGCUUCUUGCGGAAACAGUUCCUGGAACACUGGAAGCUGGUCAUUGGCGCCACACAGCUUUCGAACCCGGGGCCUUACGCGCAGGAGCGCACCAUCAAGAACCUGAUAGAGCACGUGAUGUACCAGCCGAAGAGGAGCUUUAACGACGUGGCCUUGAUGGAGCUGAGCGCCCCGGUCAACUGCACCGACUACAUCCAGCCCGCCUGCUUGCCGGACAACGAUCUGGACGUUUCGUCACUGACCCACUGCUACGUCAGCGGCUGGGGCGUCACCGACACGUCAAAAUCAACGCAAACGGCCGACAUCCUGCAGGAGGCCAAAGUAGGUCUGAUCCCCCUGGACGUCUGCAACAGCAGCGGUUGGUACAACAGGAGGAUCCACUUCAACAACCUGUGUGCCGGAUAUGAGCAAGGAGGCAUCGACAGCUGCCAGGGCGACAGUGGCGGCCCCCUCAUGUGCCGGGAAGCAAGAUCCGAGCGCUUCUGGGUUGUCGGAGUCACCAGCUGGGGAACCGGCUGUGCCAAAGUCCGGAGGCCGGGCAUCUAUUCCUCCACCCAGUUUUUCCUUGACUGGAUCAAAGGGAAAACCAAAGAUACAUUCUUGACUCCCGUUCGCCACCCGGUGCCAAUCACCCAGCCGAAACCAAAGCCCACCACGACCCCUUCCACUCCAAAAAGGCCCUUCUGGCAGCAGCCCGUCUACCAACAGCCAACGCAACCAUUUCAAAACUGGGCUACUGCCCCGCCCACUUUCCUCCCGGCCCCCUCCCUAUGCUCAGCAGGUCCAGGUGGGGCCUACCUGGCCCCCCCGAACCCGCCCUCCGCCGCGUCCGUAUGGGCAGCAGAACUGGAACGUGGCGCUGACCUGGCCCCCCAGAACUCGGCCCCCACCCCAGACCUAUGGGCAGCAGAACUGGCAGGGAGGGAAUACCUGGCCCCCCAGAACCCGCCCCCCAGCACAGUGGCAGCCCCAGAAGUGGACCUGGUCCAGACCCCCACCACAGACCCAGUAUGCCAACACCUGGCGCCCAAUAAGGCAGUUUCAGUGGGAGAAGGUCUGGCGCACGGGGAGAGCUUUGGGAAGGCCUAA